ACCCCGAUACGGCGCUUGGGAUUUUCCUAAUUCCUAAUCAGCUAUUAAAAACAAACAAAUUCGCUAACGUAUUAGCGAAUUCGCGUAAACCACGGCAAAACAUCGCGUCACAGCCUCGUCGGCGCGCUUUAUAAAAGUGUUUGUACCGCGGCGCGCUGCAGUUUCGUUCAUGCUCGAGUGACGAUCGUACCUAUUCAAGAUUAUAUUCUAACAUGGCGUACUUCGAAGGCCCUUCCGCGAAGCAGGCUGAGGUCAUCAGGCAGGAGCUGGGGGAGGGAAGCGACGACCUGGAGCGAGGGAUUCGCGACCUCCGCAGCAUGUGCGCGGCGAACCCCUACCUACCGCAACCAGAAGCACUAGACCGCAAGUUCCUGGAGCGGUUCCUGCACGGUUGCCGGUUCGACUUCGAGCGCGCACGCAACAAGUUGGAGCUGUACUGCUACUCACGCACGCGGUACCCCGAACUCUUCGGUAUACGAUCUCUUAUCACACCACCGCACGUCGACGUCUCCAAGUUCCUAGAGAUUGUGCCCCUACCCAAGCUGUCGGACGAGGGCUACAGGGUGACGAUAUUCAGGGUGAAGCCCAACUACCCCGACAACGUGGACGUCAGCGCCGUCAUCAGAGUCAUUUUGUACAUGGCCGACGUGCGCAUGUGUGAGGACACCCUUAUCGCUGGGGAUGUCUUCAUUUGGGAGGUAUCACACCUCCAUGUGGGUUUCGCAGCACGCAUGGCGGCGGCCAUGACGGUGAUCCGGCGGGGCAUCCACCUGGCGCACUCCGCGUACCCGCAGCGCCUGCGCCGCAUACACGUCAUCGGCGCGCCCGGCGUCUUCGCCGCGUCCCUCAACCUCAUGAAGAGCUGGGUCAACGAGAAGAUCAGACAAAGGUACCUGGUUCACACAAAGACAGAAGAUCUCCUGGACUACUACCCGGCGAGGAUUCUCCCGGCCGAAUGGGGUGGUGAUGAGCAAAGCAUCGACACUCUCGCCAAACAGUGGAGGUCGUUCGCCGAAACGCGACGAGACAACGUCAGCAAACUGACCGAUAUGUGCCAGGACAUUCCGGAAACGAAAUGCAACACCGACAUCUACGGAGUCGUCGGAUCCUUUAGAAAGUUAGACAUCGAUUAAGUGUUCAGGAAUCAGGAGUAAAUAGAAUAAAUAUAUAAUACUAUGGCCAGUUAGAGAAGAAUGCUUUGAUGACAUAGAGCCAUAAGACUUAAUGAUAGGAAUAAGAAAUUAAUUAUGUGCUGUAAGUCGAUUCUGCUCAAUAAUAUUGCAGUAAUACAGUUUCGAUAUUAUGUUUUCGAUGCAACCUUAUUACUUAUAAUAAAACUACGAACUAUAUUUUAACAGCAUAGGUACAACUUUCUCUUACCACUUUUAAAAUGUUAAACAAACAUUAAACGCGUUUAAAUUGAUCAUCAAAAAUCCGUUUUAUGACGUUCGAGACUAGUACCUAUUUUGCUAUUUGAUAGAAUUCGGACUAGAAGUAAGUACGCGGACUUAAGUGCCUGAUAGACGUACGAACGUAACGUACGUGGGUUUUAAGUUCGUGAACUUACUCGGCUCGCGUCGGUGACACACGAGAAUCGCUCACA